UGUUGAACAACGAAGAUCUGUAGAGAUUUUUUUUCACGGGCGUUCUUGAACGCGAGCCUCGCUUAACGCGAGUAGAGUUGAGAAAAGAGAUUCGAUAGUAUUUGAAGAGAGGAGAAGUUUGCAUUGACGAAGCAGGUUCCGGUUGAGAUUUUUGCAAUUUCAGCCGAUUCGUUUUUCUCUUCAUUUCCUCCUUCUCGCUAAUUCAGGAUGAUUUGAUCGCAGCAAAAACAACAACAAAAGAUGAUGUUCAUACUAUUGAGAAAUUAAUGGGUACCGUAAAUGGGGACAAAUCUACUCUGCCCAAAGUAACGGAGCCAGAGAAGAAGAAGAAAGAGGGUGAUAAGGCCAUAGACGAGGAAGAAGAGUCGGAUGAUGAUUCUGAGGACGAGUCAGACUCGUCAGAAGAUGAGGAGGAGGAGACGACACCUAUAAAAUCUACUCAUAAGAUGAUCAAUGAGGGUGAUGAUCAUGAUAGCUCUGAUGAUGAUGAUGAUGAAUCUUCAGAUGAUGAUGAUGAUGAUGAUAUCGAAGAUUCAGAAGAAGAAGAUGAUGAUGAGGAUAUAAAGACGAGAGCUAAAGAAGAGGAGGAGGAAAUGAUGAUGAUGAUGAAGGGUACUGGUGGUAAUAAGAAGAAGAAGAAGAGAAGUGCCGAAUCUGUUUCAUCGAUUCUAUUCUCCUCUAAAAAGGCAAAAUCUCAAACUGAUCAAAUAGGUAGAAAGAAGGGCGGCGGCGGCAGAGGCGGCAGAGGCGGCGGCGGCCGUGAUCGUGGAAAGAAAUCUGAUGUUGGGAAGACUCCUUCUUCUUCUUCUCUCAACAAAUCAAGGUUUUAA